UCAUUACGUUCCCCACACGCACUGGAAGUUUGCAAAUUUCAUUAAGGCCCACCAGAGCCAACGUUUGUGAAAAUAAACCGGAGAGUAGUUUUAUAUAGCUUUUAAAUUGAAUAAAUCGCAUAAAUAAUUUGUGAAAAUUGUGUAUUGCUGCAAAUUUGAUUAACAAUCGAAUUCUAGCAUUCUGAGUGCUCCUUUUCGGCAGGAGCAGAAUAGAGUGGCAAAAAUCGAAAUUUACCUGCAUGAAAACGGCACGUACACAUCUGUAAAAGCAUACACUCAAACCGGAGCAGCUGCAUUUCGUAUCGGCAAGAGAAAAUCUCUUGUCUACUUUGCGCCUGUUCCUCUUCCAGCAAGGGUCGCCGCUGCAACAACAAAAGCUAUUGCAAUAAGUUUCUUAACUCCAAUUGCAAAGUCGCGCAGCAAGUCAGCCAGUCAGCCAGUGUGAAGAGUUUGCAGCUGUAAACGCCGGGUAGUUACAUAUUUCGUAUACAUACACCUAUUUGCCGGUUGUGGUACGUUGCGAGACGUCUUCUGCCUGCAAAUUGUACGUCUGCUGUGCAUAACCAUCAGGGUUUUCAUUAUUGUGCGUUUUCGUUCAGUCUCUGAGCGCACAUUCAGCAGUCAUCAUCGCACCGCAUCACCAGCACGGAACGUAGAUAUUUUAAAUUUCUAAAAAAAAGUUUUUUUUGUAUGCACUGCAGCUACCGCCCGUCGUGUUAGGAAUUGUGGCCUUAGCCAAAUUUAACUCCAACUCCAUCAUCAUUGAUAACGAGUAACUGCUUAACUGGAAUUUUAGUCCCACUGAGGAGUUAUUGCAUCGUUCGCCUGCCGUUUGGCAUCCACAAAUCGCUUUCGGUUCAGUUUGGUUUGUGUGUGUGUGUGUGUGUACGUGUGUGCACUUUCGUCUGCCUAUACGCGCCCGUGUACGAUAGUUGUGCCUUGCCGUUUUUGUAGCUGUCGUGAUCUUUGUCGUUGUCGUGUCCGUUGCCGGUUCCCGUGCCCGUGUAUUCAGUUGGUAUAGUCGCUAUUAUUGCUGUGUUGGUGUAUCUCUGGUCUCCGGAAUUCACUGAUUCGCAUUUUCGUUUUGCAAAUUUGCUGCUGUUUUUGCCACACAUUUGCAAAAAAAAAAAAAACAAGAAGCAACGUAAAAACCGAAACUCAACUUCGAUCUACUACGCCAAGAGUAACUUCGUCAUUGUGCAGCGAGAAGAGUAACGAAAAUUUUAAAACAUACAUUGCCGGUUGCGAACGUCGUUGUUGGGUGUCUAUACCAUCAUCAAAUUUAUAGUGGUGGCAAGAGCGAGCUAGCCAGCGCCACAUUCACAUUUACAGCCAUCGCAGCCACAGCAGGAAGACGACAUAUUGCGAAAUUUAGUAAUUUUUUUUUCAUAUUGAAAAACGGGCAGCUAAAGCUAACGACGCACACCUAACUGAAUUAACUCUCAGACAGUUUGUUGCAUUCCAGUUUUCGUUUGGAUAUUAAGUAUUAAAUAGAUGGUGAAUAUGGAAAACGCCGAGGAAGUCAUGCAAAUUCUGGAGCGUUUUACGCGUCUCAAGCAAAAGGAGAUACCUAAAGAGCUGGAUGAUUACUUGCAGUAUGUGGCGAAAACAGGCGACACAGUCUUCAAAUGGGCAAGUCUGAAGUAUUUAUUCCGCGAGAAACUGCUGAAUGUAAUCAAGCAUUUCCACGACACGUCGCCUCGUGUAGAUGAGAUUCCUCAUUAUCCGAACGUUGAUCCUUUUAAUUAUGAGAGCAUGAAAUCGUCGCUGUUGGAGCGUCUGGAAUUAUUCAAUGCUGCUCCAUUUACCAUUCAACGUUUGUGCGAGCUUUUGAUUGAUCCGCGUAAACAAUACAGUCGUAUUGAUAAAUUUAUGCGCGCUCUCGAAAAGAACAUUUUAGUGAGCACCAUCGAACCUGGCCGUAAACGCACUGAAAGUGAAAACGGUGAUUCAUUGGACUCGGUUGUUAACGGCGAUUUAUCCUUGGAUGUCAAUGUCGAUAUCGAUAUGGAGAAUGAGUCGAUGUUCAAUAUGGAGGGGCAAAACGGUAACGGUACUGGCAAUGGCAAUGGUACAGCAGCAGUAGCUGAGGGCGAGAAGUCACCAGAGUCUUCUGAGUCUAAGUCUGACAAGUCCGCUGUGACUGAGACGGUUGCCACCAAGCAUGCCACAACCGAUGAUGACAUUCUGCCGAAUCCGAAGAAGGCUAAGCUGGAUUUGGAUGCGAAAGAAGAAAAAGUUGCCGAAAAGACUGAAGAAGAACAAAGUAGCUCGAAAGUGGCACAAGAUGACGACAAAUCGAAGAUUGUCGAUGGUAAGACCAAGGAAAGUGAUAAAGUUGAUGGUGAGCUAAAAGCAGAGGUGGUUAAGGCAGCCGUAGAGGAUGCUGAAAUGACGGAAAUCGAGAGCAAAGAAGAAGAGUUGAAGGAAAAGAACGAAGAAUCUAAAAAGGAAGAACAGGAUGAAAAGAAAAAAGCUGUGCAUAAGACGGACGAGAAAGAAAUCAAGAAGAGCGUGGAGCAGGAGAUUGCAGCUAAAGCGGAGCCUGAAACCAACAAUAAGGAAGAAGUUGAUGGCAAAGCUGAAGUCGAAGCAACUAAUUCAAAUGAGAAAACCGCUACCGAAGAAGUUGAAGCUGAUAAGGUGAAAGAAGCAGCAGCAACGCCUGAUUCUAAGUCGAAGGCAGCUGAAGACGAAGAGAAGAUCAUUGAAAAGCAAGAGAUUGAGAAGGGCGAAAAGGAAGUGAUUGUGGCAGCUGCCACUCCCACAAGUACUGAGUCUCUUGAAAAAUCAGCUGAGCCCGAAGUCGAGAAAGUAGCUGAAACAGCAGAGGUAACGCCAGAAGCUGCUAACGAACCGGUUGUUAGUGGUAGUGACAAAGACAGUGCUAAACCCACAGAUAAAGUUGAAAAGGAGCCGGCGCCUGUUAAGGCAGAUGAGACUGAUACUGAAGCUAAGGCAGAAGUUUCAACAAGCACACCCGAAGAGGAAGAAGUUACGCCACAGACAACGACUACCGAGGCCGAAGCAGUCGCUGCUGAAAAGAAAGAACCAGUUGAGGAGCCAAAGCCCGCAGCUGAAGCCGCAGACGCCACUGCCACGACAACAAAAGAAUCCGAAAAGACUGAGAGCACUGCUGAAGCUGCUGCAGAAGAAGUGGAAAAGAAGGUAGAAGAGAAAGCAGCUGCGAUUGCUACAACUACAAGCAACGAGGCAGAAGCUGUGAUCACUGAGAAGUCUACUGCUGAUGCCACCAGUAAACCCGCUGAAAAAGAAACGGUGAAAGCUGUCGCUUCACCUGCUAAAAACGAAACUCCCGCGGCUGAUGAAGGUAAUGCCGAACCUGCUAAAGCCGCCGCUGGUACCGCUAGCGAAAGUGAAGUUCCAACCACCACCGAAGCUGUACAGAGCUCAAUUGCUGAUAGUGCAACCGCAGCUGAGGACACCAACGCUACCGCUCCAGCUACAACUCCAAUUCCGCCUACAACCGGGGACUCAGCUGAAGCCAUUGCUGCAGUUCCUGUUGCUACACCGACGCCAACGCCAACACCCACCCCAACACCGACUCUAGCACUCAACGAUCAGCCAAUGGAGGAUGUGCCGAUCGAAGAGGCCCAACCUGCGGUCAAUGAAGUUGUUAUGGCCGAGACAAAUGCUGCCACUGAAAUGGCCACUGAUGCCAAUGAGCCACCACCACCGUCCAAGGACGAACCGGCCGGAAUGGAGGUGGACGACACCAGUCAAGAGGCAAUGGAUCAGUAAUUUAGUGGCAACACAACAGACUACACAAUAAUAUUUUCCACACGCAUUCAAUACGAAAAAAAAAAUUUAAUUGUGAAAGACGUCGACGUCGAUGAUGGCGCGACGCAAAGCGAUUCUUCAUACUUAACACUUUUUUGAAUAUGUAGCGUGUUUUUAGGCGCAUAAGCAAAAUUUACAUGAAUAUGUACGAAAUUAAUGUAAGUUAAUUUAAACUAUGAAGAAGAAGAAAUAAUAAUAAUUAAAACUUAAAAUAUGAAAGAAAUACAAAAACAAAAUAAAUAUGGUUGGCAAGUAAAAACGAAAUACACAUACACAUACAUUAAACAAUAAGCAGUGAAAUGUGACGUACCGUUCCAUAUGACGAGUGUCUCUCGCCAUGGACGGUAAGCAGCACGAAUUUGCUUUUAAUUUAAAAGUAUUGAGUUGGUAUUAAAAAUUGUUCAUUUUAUCUAUUUUAUUUGUUUAAACAAAGUGAGCCAACAAUAGUAAAUAAAUAAUUGAAAAAUGCAAAAAGUAAAAUAAAUUUCUUAAUUUUUUAACUUAGUGGUGCAACCGACACCGUUUUGAAAACGAUUUCUUUUUAUUUGCAUUGCUUUGAAUGAGAAAUGUGCUAGCGGAUAUGUGAGAAAAGAUAAGAGAAAAGUAGUUUUUUGCUGAGGGAAAGGCGUGUUUAUAUGUAGGUAUGUAUGUUUAUAACAUUCAAGUGUUAAAUUCUUUUGUUGUUGGUCUUUGGAGAGGGUUAAGAUUAUCUUUUGUUGUUGGAAUAACGGCCAUACUAAGCCCUCUUUCGGUUGGUAAUCCACUUAAUGUUGGCAUCGAGGUCAAUUAACAUUAACGGUUGGUAAUGGCAACUUGCCGCUUCGACUGACUGGGUAAGACAACAAAUAGUGGGGUUUGUCGAGCUAAACAGUUAGACCGCUAAAACAGUAGUUUUUAGUCGAGUAAACGGCGAAUUACUGCGAUAUGUACAACCUAUUGACUUGGUAAUGGGGUUUUGUUUUUGAGUAGCGUCGUAAUAUUACAGAUCUUGAAGAAGAACUUUGAAUCAGUAAAAUUUUUUGUUGGUGGUUUUUCAUUUUUUUUUUUUUUUGUGGGUUUAAUGAAUAAAAAUUGCUUACGCCAAAUUCGCACAGCUAAAACUUGCUUAAAUGACAUAAUAAUAAUUCUAUGGCUCUUACAAGCAUAAACAUUUUCGUGCGGCCGAUUAUAUUUUGUUUAUGGUUUACAAUUUCGAUAUUUUCAAAAUAUUUUUUUUUGUUUUGUGUAAAUAUUUUAUUUGCAAUCUUUCUUAAUAUAAUGAUAUUCAGCAAAUUAGGUCUUAUAAUCUAAUAGCAGCGGUAGUAUUUGCCCAUAUUUCAAAAUAUGGCGACAGUUUUUGUGCUCAUCUGUAUAAAAAUGUAGUUUUUAGGCUUAACAGCAUUUCAUUUUUCGGAGGUAAUCACAAAUUGAACCAAUCCUUUUUUGUUUUUGGUCCUGAGGUUGGGUUAAAAAUGCCUUCGCACCAUAUAGUAACCGUCGCUACUACGCGUGUGCUGAUUCCACUAAAAAUAUUCCUCCUCUUUUCCUGGAUCUUUCCCUCCACCCCGGGACUGCUUUCGCAUUGCUUCGAGGUAGAGGGCCAAGACGGCGUCCUAAGAAGGACACUACUUACUCACCCUGCAUCCAGGGUCGCCUGUUUUGAGCAACCUAUGCUCAAUUCUCUUCACGCUUCUUUUUUCGUAUAAUAUCCUCCACGAAAUUUGCGACGUCAUUCCAUUUUUCUUCGUCUAUCAUCAUUUUCUCGCUUAUUUCUUCAGGUGUAAAUACACCAAGAGCUCGUUGCAGAGCAUUUCUCUCUAUGUUCCACUUCUCGCAUUUAAGGAAUUGAACCAAUAUUGAGUGCUAGUCGACUACAGUGCGCAGCAAGCAUUAAUGUUUUCGGGCUCAGCACUCAUGUAGCAACAUGAAACAUGGUAAAAUGGCGCUGGGAAUGAAAGUCCUUGACCGAUUUUAUGUAUAUUCAGCUCAUACUGGAUUGAGUUGGGAAAAUUUUAACUAAAAAAAAAAAAAAAAAAUAAAUAGCUCCUCUUUUAGUGGUGUGCGUUUUGAUGUUGUUCCACAUGUGGAGAGGGACCCACAGUUUAAAGCCGACUCCGAACGGCAAAUGGUUUUUAUGAGGAGCUUUUUCAUGGCAGAAAUACACUCGGAGGAAUUUUAACUGCUUCUCUUAAAAACCAUCUAAUGCUUCAAGACGGCGUGAGCUCUGCAUUUGCAGUUUGUGAAAUUACUAAUAAUCAAAUCGCAAAAGAAAGAAGCUUAAAUUUCGGCACUGACAGUUUGAUUAUGACGGUUGUUUAUGACGGAUAGUCUCAAUAAUGCGUUCAGUGUUGUUUAUGGCGAGAAUGAAGUUCAAAGAGCUGGUUUCCUUAUAUAUUACUUUUCUUUUCUCAAUAUUUAAUUAUCAACGGAAUUACCUUCUAUGAACACUUCCAGCAAAGAUAACGAAUAACGCGAACUACAAAACGCGUUGUCACACUUUUCUUACGCCUAGCAUUUCUUGCACAAUUCUCAAGCAUAAAGUUUUAUAUAUUUUUGUUUUUGUAUUCUGCUGACUUCCAAUCGACGAAAGUUCCAUAUACGUACAUAUAUAAAUAAAAAUGCUUAUAAUAAAUUGUGCCGGAGAAUUACUCGAAAUACAGUGAUGCAACAAAUUAAAAAAACACAUUAUAUAAAGUUUUUAUAAUUACAUAUAUAAAUGAAUAAACAACAAGUAGCGUUUUUAUUAUUUUUAAUAUCCAUACCAUUACAAUUACAAUUACUAUUUACUAUUACGUUAAUACAUGAAUAUAUUAAUAAAUAGUUUUGUUUUGUGAAAUCAGGCCAAUUUUCAGAAAUGAAAAAUAAUUUGUUGGUGGAUACACUAAAAUAUUUAAAAAUAACGCUAAACAGUAUUUUAUACAGCGAAUUAAUAAUUGUGAAGGAAAAUGGGUUUCACCUGUAUAUGUA